GGACUGGUUUCCCGAGCGACCGCAUGGUGUCAGACACGCCAUGGAACAGUGUGGAGCACAUCAGGGUGAUUUCUGAGCCGGUAUCCAGCAGAGCAUCAACCUGUAUUCAUCCACCUACAUUUGUGCUACAGUACAAACGGCGAGCAUGAUCAUGGUUUUUAAGUCACCAAGGAACAUCAGAAAUUUAGUAUCAGGUUUCUCUGGGGGGUAGAUUUCAGGAGACUCCUGUGAUCCAGCAGUAGUGUUCCCCCAGCUGAUCAGGUAGGUCCUGGUCACUCAGGGGGGUUGAGCCACGCCUAGUAAUGCGGACGGUGGCCCUGGGUCUGGCUUCUUAGAAGAAGACUUUGGUGUUGAGGUCUCAUCUGCAGAUCUCAGCUGUUCCUUCUGUUUAGCUAGGAACUGCUGAAACAUUUCCUGGAGGUCGGCUUUGGUCAGGGACUCACUCGCGGACUCGCGUUCGGGACUUACCUGUGGGCGGCGCUCCUUAAACGUUCCUUUGGUCCGACCUGCAGAUCGUUGGUUUUGGUUGGGCCACUUCCUGUCUGAUUGUCCAGACCUAGGUGGCUGCCAAUUAGCACCCUCCUUCCCCUUCAGAUGUACUGGAGCUGGUUGAAACAGCUGUCACAGCACACAACGCCCGUCUGAAGGGUCGACUCAGGUAGCAUCGGCAGGCGUCAGCAAGUUCACUCUUAUUUUGAAGGAACGUCGUCUUGUUGGUUCAAACGACGGAAAUCUCCAGCUUGACAUUUCUCAGCUUAAAAUAGAAAGUACAGCUGGCCAGCCUGUACUUCUCUUUUGGCGGUGAUGGAUCGAGAGCUGGUUGAAAACAAUGUUGAGAGUAUGAUGUAACUCCUUGGAGCUCGGAUCGAACAGAGCUGAGGUUGAAAUGGAACUGCCCAUAAAAUGGCGUUGCCUUAUUUUAUAUCCCUUAAUUGUUUACAAAUCUUAGCAAACCGGAUUGGACGACUUUCAUUAAACAACCCAGAUUCUGCCCUACGACAGACGAAAGUUCUGAUUGGUUGAAAACAAUGUGUCAUGCUUUUCCAUGGUAAUGGAGAUCAGUCUGUCUGGUGCAGCCCUGUUUAUUCAUUAAACACAUAACUCAUGACAUCUUUAUUUCACAGAUCAUUCACCUGAUUAUUAAUGAUCAACAUAUGCUUUGAUUAGCUUUAUCACGAAUAAAGUACUUUAAUUAAAGGAAAGCGUUCUUCUUCUCUUCUUCUGUCUCUUCUCCUGGAAUGUAAACAUACUGAACCAAGCGCCCGACCUUGGUGAUGUUACUGUGUGAAGGGGCAGCUGUUAAGGGCAGACCAUUAUAAGAUUCAUAACGCUACACUGGUGAGAGUUCGAUGCAGCUUUCUGCUCAGCAAAAUCAGCACCACUCUGUUGCUGGUUCAAGGAUGAACAACUUAUUAUUUUAAUCCAAGCUAAAGAUUUAUUUGUUUGUUUGUGUCGGAUAAAAAUCUCUGUGUAACCUAGCCUCACACGGGCUGCACCAAUUAAUGUUGGGGUUAUUAGGUAGCGAAUAAUUAGUAAGCUUUUACUUACGUUUUGGAUUCUUCAAUAAAUUCUGUAAAUAUGGGAAUAUUUACUGAUUUAUUAAUUAAUUAAGAUAUUCUUAGAUAUCCCGGGGCACCAUUCCCCUUUUAACCGGGGAAAUGAAUCCAAAAGUCUUAUCAGUCUAUCUUAAAGGCCCAAUGUGUGAUAUUUCAUCUUAUAAGUUAUCAAAUUUCUUGUAUCACAUUCUCAAAUUUGUUUUUUUUUUAAUGAUAAUUCAAACAAGCAUUUAUUCUAAGCAUUAUUAUUAGCUUUAUAUUUUAAUAUUUUAGACAAAAGAAGCAGACCGGUGCUCCAUAUGGCAUGCGCCAUCUUAAAAUACAGUGACCUUUUAGGGACAUACAACAUAUUAAGCUUCGCAUUUGAUGUUUGCGUUUUUAAUGAUGUAACCUCAAAGAAACAGCAGGGGGCAGAAGUGCGCCUUGUAAGCAUGCAGUCUGACAAAGUAACUAAGAAGAAGAAGAAACUAGCCACACCGUACUUCUAGCGAUGGAGGAUCACACAUAUUCUACAAGAAACGGGAUAGUUUGUCUCAUCCAAGUAAAAGAAAAAGGAUUUUGAAAAGUGAACAAGACCGGCGUCAUGAGAACGCCGAUCUUCUAGACUUUAUUGCAGCUCUGCCUCUUCCUCUUGUGCGUGGGACGUUGCGGCUGGUUUGAGCAAAUUCGGCUCCUUCAUCUUGGGAUGCUUGCCCUGCUUCUGUCGCAUGUCUAACACCUCUGCCUCUCUGUGCGCUGGCACACGUCUGUCCUCUUCCUCGCCCUCUUCCUCUCCCUCGUCCUCUGUCUGUCUCCACUGAUGAACCAUCGGAUGAUAUCUGACUCUGUUUACGGAGAGAAAACAAUUACAGACUACACUACCUUGUAUAUUUCCAAAAUGGCAAAUAGAAAUAUAACAUUUCUCAAAUAAAAUGAACAAAAUAUUGUCAUUUUUUGUAGUCAGAAGUCAUCACCAACUAGCUGCCGUUUGCUAUUAGCAAACAUAACUGACAUAAAAAAGUUUUUCUUAUUCAAAACCUAUUUAGAUUAAAUUAAUAAAAUAAGUUAGAUGAAAACAACUAACCUGUUCGCUGACUUGAAAGCUGGAAUUAGAUGAUGACAUGCUGCCGUUUACAGCAACACGAUUUUGUAUUGUAUUUGUUAUAUUUGUUAAUAAAGUUUUAAAUAAUGAUAAAAAAAAACCUUUUUGAUCCUCGGGGGCUCCAAUAGCUGCAAUACCGACUCUAAACUGCGUGGUGCUAAAGAGUCGGAUCUUUUUACUAUGAUUUCUGUGAAUUUCACACACGGGGCCUUUAAAGGGUGGAAUCUAGGAGCAAAGAUUUUACAUCAACACAAAGAAGUUUACUGGAGACAAAUCUGAAUUUUAUAACAUUUAAUUAAACAAUUUGUCAAAUGAAUAAACAAUGAAAUAAAUGAAUAAUAACCAUGUGAUAUAAUUGAAGAUGAAUAUUCAAAAUGGUGUUCAAGGUGUUUUGUGUGUGUAAUGGAGGAUGUCCCAACAAACACUAAAACACGUAUGAGUGUGUGAGUGUGAGUGUGUGUGUGUGUGUGUGUGGAAGAGAGGGGGAUGUAUGAAUGGAGUCCUUUGUUCUCACAGCAAAGUGACUUUUCUCUCUCAGAUGCAGAGUUCAAGGGAUUACCUGACAUUUAGUGGCUUAAAAUCACAGUAAAAUUAAACUUAAACACUUCAAAAGUUAACAAAACAACAAAAGGUCACUCCUAGGCAAUAUCUAAUGAUCUGUUGAAAGCUGUGGCCACAGCUUUCACACAUAGACAUUAAUAAAGGAAACGACCUUACUUCACGAGUGUCCGGGUGGCGUUUGGUCCGGAGAUAGAGAAAAACACGAAGCUACUUUUAAACGAUCCGCGGCGAUCGCUUAUUUUGGUCUAGAAGAACGGGAAAGAUAAAAGUUUAAAUGAAAUAAAACUUGCAGGAGCAAAGCCUCUGAGCGGGGCAGACGUCCCUCGUCGUUCAAACGGGUUAUAUGUGAUUUACUCCAUUGUUCCUCCCCACGAGUGUCUCUCCACGGGAUCAGCUGGACAGAGAGCAAAGUUUCUUUUGUGCUGAGUUUGAUAACUUACAGCGAGCUUGAUGGAGCUGGAGUUGCUUUUUGGGUUUCCAAGUCCUGCUUUCAGCGGUUCUGUGUACGAUCUGCUCCAGCAGCCAGCCUCCCGCUGCUCAUGUUGAUCAGAGCAGUAGCAACGAGCAUCCUUUACAGCCAGUGAACUGGGCAUAAGAACAACAAGGACGUUGUUCUGUUGUGAUUUAUAACCUUCGAAGCUGGCGGGAAGGCUCCAUGAGCUCCUGCACAUGCGCAGAACGUGUUUCUGGUAUUAGGCGGUGACGUCUUCACAUUGCUUCCGGGUGCAAAGCAUCAUGGGAAAUGAAGUUUCUGCUGGCGCUGAUGUUUAAUAUCUGCUUUUCAAAGCAAUUUAGCAGUCUUUGGAGAAAAUUACUGCAGCAAUUUCUCACGAGGGCAUACCCUCAACACCGCUGAGAUGUUUUCCGCCCAGGAGAUGUCAGCAGAGAUGAGGACGCCAGGGAACCGGAAGGUGUGGACCCUCUCCACACACUCCCCGUUGAUGUAGAGGGGGGCCAAGUUGGUGCUGUGUCUCCUGAAGUCGACAAUAAGCUCUUUUGUUUUCUUGGUGUUCUGGGACAGGUUGUUUUCUCAACACCAUGCUGCCAACUUCAGGACUUCCUCUCUGUACUCUGCCUCGUCUCCCUUCGAAAUGAGUCCGACUACUGUGGUGUCAUCAGCAAACUUGAUGAUGAGAGUGUUAUUGUGGGUCGGACUGCAGUCGUGGGUGUACAGAGAAUACAGGAGGGGACUCAGCACACAGCCCUGUGGGGAGCCGGUGCUCAGUGUGCGAGUGGAGGAGAGAUGAGGGCCGAGUCUCAGUCGGCGGCCGGUUUGUGAGGAAAUCCUUUAUCCGGGCACAUGUGUGAGGAGGGAGGCCAAGAGUGACCAGUUUGUUGAUGAGGAUGUCCAGGAUGAUUGUAUUAAAGGCUGAGAUGUAGUCCACAAAGAGCAUUCGGACGUAGCUCUGCCGCUGCUCUAGGUGACUCAGCACAGCAUGGAGGGCUGUGGCAAUGGUGUCUUCUGUUGAUCUGUUUGCAUGGUAUGAAAACUGGUGGGGGUCGAAUUCUGAAGGGAGGUGAUCCUUUAUGUGCUGAAGGAGUACUCUCUCAAAGCAUUUCAUGAUUAUAAUCAUUUACGUUGGAGAUGGGAGACUUCUUCGGUACUGGGAUGAUUGUGGCUGAUUUUAGACAGGACGGGAUGGUUGCCUGAUCCAGUGAGAGGUUGAAGAGUCUGGUGAAGAUGAGGCUGAGCUGGUGUGCACAUGCUCUUAGUACUUUGCCAGGUACUCCGUCUGGACCGGCCACCUUCCUGGGGUUCACUGCUAGGAGCACACGUCUGACAUUGUGCUCCGUUACAGUGAGUGGAGCGGUGUAAGAACCAGGUGAGGAUGAGGAUGGUAGCAGGGCUGAAGCAGAUGAGUGUUGCCGCUGUGGUGUUUCAAAGCAGGCAAAGAAGCUGUUUAUUUCCUCUGCCAGCUGCAUACUCAGGUUUUCAGUUUUUGCAGUGCUGCUUCUGUGGUUGGUGAUGUCUCACAUUCCCUGCCAUACCUCUCGUGUGUUGUUGCUGGACAGGUGGGACUCGAUAUUCCUUUUGUGGUCUGACUUGGCUUUUUUAAUCCCCCUUUUCAGGUUAGCUCGAGCAGCCCUGUACAGAGCUCUGUCACCUGACCUGAAGGUGGCAUCACGGGCUUUGAGGAGUGAGCGGACCUCGCUGGUCAUCCAGGGUUUUUGAUUUGGAAAAACCCAAAUGCUUUUGUCCACUGUCACAUUUGCAGUACAGAACUUGAUGUAUUCCAGUACUGAUCCUGUGAAAGUUUCUAGGUCCUGGUGUUCAAAUAUGUCCCAGUCUGUCUCUGUGAAUCAGUCUGGUAAUUUGUUGAGAGCAUUUUCUGGCCAGGUUGUAACAGUCCUUUUGGUGGGCCUGGCACUGCGCCUGAUGGGGGCGUAGGCUGGGGAGAGCACAAGAGAGAAAUGGUCGGACUGACCGAGGUGGGGGAGGGGUAUGGCUCUGCUUGAUGUUGGAGUAACCAUGAUCUAGAGUGUUUUCUCCUCUGGUGGGACAUUUGACAUGCUGAUAGAACUUUGGGAGUACAGUCUUUAUGUUGGCCUUGUUAAAAUCACCUGCAAUAAUGUGAACCCCAUUUGGGUGGGCCCGCUGCUGGUUAAUGGUGUCCAGCAGGAUAGAGAGCGUCGUGUUUACGUUGGCAUCGGGUGGGAUGUACACAGCCAUGAUGAUCACUACUGUUAGCUCUCUCGGUAGAAAAAAAGGCAGGCAUCUUACCGACAUGUACUCGAGGUUCGGGGAGCAGUGACUGUUUAUAAUUGUCCCAUUGUUACUCCAGCUUUCAUGCACGUAAAUACAGAGCCCUCCCCCUCUGCUCUUACCGGAGUCCUUUUUCCUGUCCCAGCGAAGCAGAGUGCGGUCUGCUAGCUGAACGCUAGCAUCGGGUAUUCCCAAGUGAAGCCAGGUUUCCGUAAUAAUCAAGGCACAGCAGUCACGAACAUGGCGAUUUCCCACUAGUUGUAAUUCCAGGUCGUCUGGUUUUUGCACGAGGGAUCUAGCGUUGGAGAGACAGAGGCUCGGCAGAGGUGGCUUGUGUGGUUUGCUUUUUAGCCUCAGCAUGAUGCCGGACCUGCAGCCCCACUUUUGCUUCCUUUGCCUCCGUCUGCGCCUCCGUUUAGUCCUGAUAACAAUCCACGGGGAGCCCGGUGGUCUCGCCACAUGAUCUGGGAUGUUGUGCGUGCCGCCACGGCUGAAAUCCCACAGCCACGCCUACAAGAUCCCAAGUUUAGUUUUUUUUUUUUGCGCUGUUUCCCGAAGAAGCAGCGGGAAUUACUAUGUUGUCGCUUGUGCUCACAGCCGGCGACAGCAAGGAGGAGCAGGCAGGGCAAGGUGAAGUUAAGCAUAAGUUACGGAGUUUAUAAUUAGAAAGGUAGCAGUGGAUAUAAUGCUUUCAAUAGCAUUAAGAUAAACGAGUGUUGACGAUCUUGACAGGGUUUCCUCCAGUGCUUAUUAGGCCAGGUUUUCCUCCCCCCACCAGGCUAACCAUCACUUAUUCAUGUAAAAUUCAUUUUUUCAUGUCUGACUUUAACCACAUCUAAUACUGUAUUACAGCGUGAGCGCAACAGCCACAACUUAAGAUCGAUGUGUGAGCAGCGUGAGAGGUCGGGUGUUUUCAUCUGAACCCUUAAAACCUCCAGCAGUCUACGCUGCACUAUUGACGUGUUAGCGCGCGGCGCUAACAACUUAGCGACAUGACAUGCCUCGGAGAAAGCGUAAAAACACUUUGGACGCUUCUUCUGAAGCGGCAACAUAACACUUCUUAUGCAGAGGACGAUGUCGCCUCGACUCGUUCACCGCCGAGCCGGUCUGAGCUCGAUAACAUUGACCCAGCACAGCCACUGGGUCAUUGGAGCUGCCCCGUGACUGCCUGAUGGAAAACCAGCGGGUUUAAUCAGACUCGUAAAGUUUCUUGUUUUUGCUGGGGACCCCCUGCAUUUUACCGCUCCCUCCUGCAGUCUUCCCCUAUUAAAAUUUAAAAUGAUUCUGUGUAUCAAUAGAAAAAAUCUCUCCCUCUGCCAGUUGCAGUAAAUGUUGUCUCCAAAUAAUAAGUAAGAGGUGCAUUCAUCUGUGUAUCUCCUUUGAUCCGCAUGAGUGAUGUUCUCAGCACCAGAGCAGUGAAGCAAAGAAACUGAUUCCUGAGUUUGUUAGUAAUUUUAUUCAUUAGGUGCAUCUGACCUGUUCUAUUUUUCUCUGAAAUGAGAUAAAUCAGUGCUUCUAUGGGUUGGCUCCUCUCUGCACUAGAAAAUUUUACUUUAUUUAAAGACGUGUCAUAACCGGGGGUCACAACCAGCAGCCGACAGAGUCGCAGGAGAUAACAACGGCAAGCCCCCAGGCCCGCCCAGAGCCCCCCACCUCUUAAGUCGACUGAGCCUGGGACCCAGCGCCCCGGGACCUAGGGGCGACCAACCCCGCCGGUGACCCAUCUGAGCCCAGGCAGCCACCGGGAGCAAUGACAGAUGCCAAAAAUCUUAAGGCCCCCGACACUGGGAGCUGCGAACACGCAGGCAGACCGAGGCUCCACACUCGGCAGCAAAUGUGGCAGGGGGAGGGCAGGCGAAGAUGUGUAGCAGCACAAGAAUACCCAAGAGAAGGGAGGAGUCCAAAACCCCACCUUACAUACAUAGUCAUUGUUUAGGUAAAUUUUCUUACUAACAUCGACCAAAGAACUCAGACUGGAAAUUCGGUUGAGUAUUUCAGAUUACACUUUCUGCAGAAAGAGGAGCCAGACCGAACACGCAUUUGCAUGUGUGAGUUUCCAAGCUGACUCCAAAUCUUUCAGCUUCAGAGCAUAUUUUUAUUCACACAUAGGCAUAGUUACAAAGUUGCACAAACAUUUGUCUCACCCCCGACUCAUGGCCCGAGCGAGCACCUUAAGAGUUGAGAAUUUUUGGAGCAUCCUUUUCUGAGAUACCAAAUUCUGAGAUAACAAAGAAGCGUUUAGAGUGCUGUUUACAGAAAUAAGAAAAACAUACCAUCUACUCACCCAUGGCAACCAGACAACUUAACCUCUCUUUUUCUCUAACAGUCAUACACAAACACAGUCACACACUCCGUCCCUCAUGCUCACACAUACACAUACAACCGGAGACUUACAAAAAUGAAUGCUAGACACCCAUUCACGCUCCCUAUGCACACCCUAUUCACUCUGGUCCUGGAACUGCUGCACAGAUGGUACAACCAUCCCAUGGCCAGAAUUAGCCCCGUUCUGCUGAGGUGAUGAUGAGCAGGCACCCCACCCAACUCUGAGCAAAGCAACUCAUCGCCCCAGACCCCAGACGGCCAGCUCCCACUCCGCUCAUUGUAAACUUCAGUAAAGAACUAAAACGAUUAUUAAGCUGCUGUUUGUUUUUCCUUUGAAGCGAGGUUGUCUGUCACCACAAACAAAUGUUUUGAGUGUUUAGUUUUUACUUGCACAAAAUGAAAAUUAAUCUGAGAGCUCGUUAAUUUCCCCAAAAAUAUUUAGAUGCAUUAGAUGAUUUAAAAAAAAGUUUUUUUAAUUGUCAAAUUAAUCAACAUUUUCUUUUUUCUCUUAUCCUGUCUAGAUCUUCCACAGCAUCAUGUCUGGGAAAAGGAGAAGGAUUCGACUGCCCAGCAGCUCUUUAACCAGGAGUCGAUGUCCUGUUCAGACCAGGAAAAACCAGAACAGCUAAAACUUUGCCAACAUGAAGGACAGCUCUUCCUGAACCAGGAAAAUCUUACCUUCACGGAUACUCCUCUGUCUGAAGAAACAGACUGUCAUGAACCAGAACCAAACAGGAACCAGCCAUUGUGUCAGAGUUCUACAGAUCCUGCGAACCAAGAUCAGGGUGGAUGCAGGAAUGAAAACUCAGAAUCAAAUGGCAAUGAAGAACUGAAACUGAAUAAAAGGCAUCAGCGAAGCAAAGAUCACAGAGACAGUGUAGGUGGUGAAAGACAAAAAAAGCACAAAGGGGCUCACAGUGGCAAGAGACCAUUUUAUUGUAAGCUAUGUGGAAAAUCUUUCAGUCACAAAUCUGAUUUAAAUAUUCACAUGAGAACUCACACAGGUGAGAAGCCAUAUUCAUGUAAAACUUGUGGUAAAUGUUUUAUAUACAGUGGUCACUUGACUACACACAUGAGAACUCACACAGGUGAGAAGCCAUAUCCAUGUAAAACUUGUGGUAAAUGUUUUAGAACCAGUGGUGAAUUAACUACACACAUGAGAACUCACACAGGUGAGAAGCCAUAUCCAUGUAAAACUUGUGGUAAAUGUUUUAGAACCAGUGGUGAAUUAACUACACACAUGAGAACUCACACAGGUGAGAAGCCAUAUCCAUGUAAAACUUGUGGUAAAUGUUUUAGAGUCAGUGAUCACUUGACUAAACACAUGAGAACUCACACAGGUGAGAAGCCGUAUCCAUGUAAAACUUGUGGUAAAUGUUUUAGAGUCAGUGAUCACUUGACUAAACACAUGAGAACUCACACAGGUGAGAAGCCGUAUUCAUGUAAAACUUGUGGUAAAUGUUUUAGAGACAGUGGUGAAUUAACUAGACACAUGAGAACUCACACAGGUGAGAAGCCAUAUCCAUGUAAAACUUGUGGUAAAUGUUUUAGAGACAGUGGUGAAUUAACUAGACACAUGAGAACUCACACAGGUGAGAAGCCAUAUCCAUGUAAAACUUGUGGUAAAUGUUUUACUGAAAGUGGUCCCUUGACUAGACACAUGAGAACUCACACAGGUGAGAAGCCAUAUCCAUGUAAAACUUGUGGUAAAUGUUUUAGAACCAGUGGUGAAUUAACUAAACACAUGAGAACUCACACAGGUGAGAAGCCAUAUUCAUGUAAAACUUGUGGUAAAUGUUUUAGAACCAGUGGUGAAUUAACUACACACAAGAGAACUCACACUGGUGAGAAGCCUUAUUCAUGUAAAACUUGUGGUAAAUGUUUUAUUGAAAGUGGUAACUUGACUAGACACAUGAGAAUUCACACAGGUGAGAAGUGAUUUAAUCUUCUAUGAGAUUCAUUAAGGUACUUUAUUUACCUUCUGAUUUGAAAAUUCACACUUGAGAUUAUAUUCAUUAAAAUAUGUUUGGCAACAUAUCAUAGAUGCCUUAAAGUGCUCAAGGCAUGGGUGGAGACUUAUUCCAUCCACACUUCCUGUUAGAAAAACGCUUCUGAAAAUUAAUUAGCUGACAACAUCACAUUUUGUAGCUUAGACAUUUGUAGCUUGCCUUAGGAAUGCGAAUGGGAUUGAGCUCAUGCGCACGUGAUUUAGGACACGGGUGGUCUGUGAUGUCACAAGCAUACAUGGGCGGGGCAAAAGCGCACAGAAGUCCGCAGUGUCCAUUAUUAAACAAAAGCAGCCUAAGUAGUCUUGCUUAUGGAGACUGACUUUCAUAUUGCAUCCUGCUUUGCUGGGUCUGGCAGAGUGUGUGUUUAUGUGUGUGUGUGUGAGGGACAAAAAAAACCCAGUUUUUGUGAGAGGCUUGUUAACUCCACAGCAUCAACGAUAAUGAAUUGCGCUUGCGGGAAGCCUCCCGCAGGCUGAUUCUUGCUGCCAAUCGGAGUUGGUAAUGGUAGGCAUGCUUUUGAGUUAGCCAGUCAGUCAGCAGUGGGCGUGUCGGCCCUGUUCGGCUCCAGGUGGACCUCCUUGGGAAGAGGGUUGAAAAGACAUCUGGAGUGAGAAAACUCCUAACCCAUGCCAUUAUUUUACUCAGAUCUUUAACUUGUGGUCACAUCUGCCUUAAAAAUGUUCUUGCUUUAUACCAGUGUCCCUCAAUAGGCGGUCCAGACCUGGCCUGAGAAUGUCCAAGUUUUCAAUUCUACUCUGCUUGGCCAGGGAGCACAUUGCUUGUGAUGUGGAUGAGGCACUGUGGCCAGAUAAAAACAGAAGAGCGGAUGCAGCACAGUUGUUUAUUUUUUUCUUUAUUCGUUUUAGCUUAACUAUUAAUUAUAGUCUGUUUGUAUAUGUAGACCACUGCAUAGGCAACUCUGUGUUGGUUUGGAUGAACACUGCUGUUUUUGUGUUAAAACACACAAAAGUAUAUUUUGUAACGUGUUUGUGAGUUUUGUACACAAACAUUCUGAAAUAUUUUAUCUACAAUGCACUGUCGUAGUACAGUAGGUGUAACACUGAACACUGUAAGUCAUUAUGAUGACUGGAGAAGUGGUCAUAAUGUUUUACACAUCAGAGUUAAUCUGGUUCUUAUAAAUGUUUACUCAUGUAAUGGUUUGCGUGUCAUUUGGAAACCAAAGACCAUUUUGAGAAGAAUGUGCGUGUUUUUGGAUUCGCGUGUAGAGUUCUAAAAAUAUGUUGCAUGCUUUCAAAAAACAUGAGUAAACAACUGUGAAUAACUAAUUUUAAUUAUGUGUUAAAAGUGUUUUCCAGUUUAACAAGUUGGUAUGAAAAGUAGGCCAGCUGACUACAGUUUUUAAUGACAGCGUGUUUGUUGUGAAUACAAGAGAUUUCCUUCAUGAUUUCCUUGACAAACGUGUGUUUUUAAACUGUAAUGUAAGUGUGAAGCAGAGAUUGUGCUGGUAGUUUAGCAGAACUGGUUAGGGGAGUUGGCACAUCAGUUACAUGUUGUAGUCACUGUGCCAGACGUAAAAAGAAUUGUGUGUAAACAACUGUAACAGCGUUAACAUUAAUGGAGGGAUCAUAUAUAGUUUGAUCUCAUUUUCAAAUAUAGAGAACAAUGGUUUUUGAUUAGUAUAUUGAUCUUUAUGAAUAUGCCAAUUGGCUAGGGUUGUCACGGUGUGAAAAUUUUACCUCACGGCUAUCGGUAUUAUCGCGGUAUUUUUUUUAAACGUGCUACAUUUUCACACAAUUAAAUAAACCCUGUAUGUCAGGAAAUAUUGUCCUCA